GUGGCCACGGGAGGACGUGGCCGCAGGUGGGCGGUGGCGGCCUGGAGAGGGCGCGGGGCGCGGGAGACGGGGGUGGCAGGCGGGAGGCGCGGAGGCGGCCCGCUGCAGAGUGCAGGGCCUGGGCACCGAGUCGGCCCGCGGACCAUGGAACCGGUCGCCGGAGCCGUUCUCGGCGUGCUUUUCCUUUUGUCUGUCGAGCGCCGGAGCGCAGUGCUGGCGAGGGACACUUAUAACUGCGAUGCCCCGCUGGCAUCCUCCUUGCCUCGAGCAUCCUUCAGCAGCUCCUCAGAGCUGUCCGGCAGCCACGGCCCUGGGUUUGCAAAUCUUAAUCGCAGAGAUGGGGCUGGUGGCUGGACCCCACUUGUGUCAAAUAAAUACCAGUGGCUGCAGAUUGACCUUGGAAAGAGAAUGGAGGUCACAGCUGUGGCCACCCAGGGAGGAUACGGGAGCUCCGACUGGGUGAGCAGCUACCUCCUGAUGUUCAGUGAUGGCGGGAGGAACUGGAAGCAGUACCAACGAGAGGAAAGCAUCUGGAGUUUUCCAGGAAACACAAACGCAGACAGUGUGGUGCACUACAGACUCCAACCUCCCUUUGAAGCCAGGUUCCUGCGCUUCCUCCCCUUAGCCUGGAACCCUAAAGGCAGGAUUGGGAUGCGGAUUGAAGUGUAUGGAUGCGCUUACAGAUCUGAGGUGGUUAAUUUUGAUGGAAAAAGUUCCUUGCUGUACAUAUUUAAUCAGAAGCCCAUGAGUCCAACAAAAGACGUUAUUUCUUUGAAAUUUAAAACUGGGCAGAAUGAUGGAAUUCUAUUCCACAGAGGAGGACAAAAUGGGAAAUGCAUUACCCUGGAAUUAGUUAAAGGAAAACUCACCCUACUACUUAAUUCAGGCAGCGCUAACCUGCCCUCCCCAGGUGCCCACAAGGCCCUCAGCCUGGGCAGCUUGCUGGAUGACCAGCACUGGCAUUCUGUGCUCGUUGAGGUCCUCGGCUCCCACGUCCGCUUCACCGUGGACAGACACACUCAUCACUUCCAGGCAACGGGAGAGUCCAGCUUCUUGGAUCUUGAUAAUGAGAUCAGUUUUGGAGGGAUUCCCGGACAUAGGAAAUCAAUGGCAUUCCCACAUAGAAACUUUGAUGGCUGCUUUGAAAAUCUCUAUUAUAAUGGAGUGGAUAUCAUUGAUUUGUCCAAGAAACAAAAACCACAGAUUCUCAUCAUGGGAAAUGUGUCCUUCUCCUGUUCGCACCCUCACACUGUCCCCGUGACUUUUCUGAGCCCCAGGAGUUACCUGGUCCUGGGAGGCACCUUUGGAGAGGACAAAGCAUCUGUUGCUCUCCAGUUUCGAACAUGGAACAGAUCAGGACUGUUGCUGGCCACUCAGUUUCUUGUCCUUGUUCUUCAUGACGGAAAAGUCAAGCUGAGUCUCUCCCAGCCUGGACAUGCGGCGAGGGACACCACAGCAGGUGCUGGAUUAAAUGAUGGGCAGUGGCAUUCUGUGUCCUUAACUGCUAAAGGGAAUCACCUGAGUGUGAUAGUGGAUGGUGAGGCAGUCUCUGUGGCUGGUUCCCUGCGUGGGCAGAUUGAUUCAGGCAACACCUAUUACUUGGGAGGCUGUCCUGACAAUAGCCUCCGCUCUGGAUGUGGGCAUCCCCUGGGAGGAUUCCAGGGCUGCCUAAGGCUCAUCUCCAUUGGGGACAAAGCUGUGGAUCCCAUUGCCGUACAGCAGGGGGCACUGGGGAGUUUCCGUGACCUCCAGAUAGAUACCUGCGGCCUCACAGACAGGUGUCUGCCAAGCUAUUGUGAACACAGGGGUGAAUGUUCCCAGUCCUGGGACACCUUUUCCUGCGACUGCACACACACUGGCUAUUCGGGCCCCACCUGCCAUUCCUCUCUCUACGAGCAGUCCUGUGAAGCCCACAAGCACAGAGGAAGCUCUUCAGGCCUCUACUAUAUUGACUCAGAUGGAAGUGGCCCCCUGGGUCCAGCUCUCGUGUAUUGCAAUAUGACAGACACCGCUUGGACCUCAGUGCAGCACAAUGGCUCCCACUGGGCCAGGAUCAAGAGCUCGAGUGGAGAAAGCCCCCAUCCUUUGUCUUUCAAGUACACGGCUAGCAUGGAACAGCUCCAGGCCAUAAUUGGCCAUGCGGACCACUGCCAACAGGAGCUGGCCUUCUACUGCAAGAAGUCAAGGCUUUCCACUCUCCAGGCUGUGGAUGAUCUUAAGUCUCUUCCCACACUCAACUGGGUAACUGAGCAGCAAAAGCCCCUUAUGAGGCCCUUGGAAGGCACAGUGCUCAUCCACCGUGAAGGGACUAGUGACACAGUGGUUCUUUCCCAUAAGGAGCACCUUCCAGUCAUGCAGGUUGUGAUGACAGACACAGGCCGACCACACUCUGAAGCUGCUUUCACCCUGGGGCCUCUGCUCUGCCAGGGGGACAAUUCAUUUUGGAAUUCAGCCUCCUUCAAUACUGAGACUUCAUACCUUCACUUCCCUACAUUUCGAGGAGAGCUUAGUGCCGACAUGUCUUUUUUUUUCAAGACAACAGCUUCUUCUGGGGUGUUUUUAGAGAACUUGGGGAUCACAGACUUCAUCAGGCUAGAGCUUCAUGCUCCUGCAGAAGUGACCUUUUCCUUUGAUGUGGGGAACGGGCCUUGUGUGGUCACAGUGAGGUCCCCAACGCCCUUGAACGACAGUCGGUGGCACUAUGUGAGGGCAGAGAGGAACAUUAAGGAAGCUUCGCUUCACGUGGAUCGGCUCCCUGGCGAGACCCGGCCUGCCCCCCCUGACGGGCAUGCUCGCCUGCAGCUCAACAGUCAGCUCUUCGUGGGAGGGACGGCCACCAGACAGAGGGGCUUCCUGGGAUGCAUUCGGGCCCUGCGGCUGAACGGGCUGGCCCUGGAUCUGGAAGAAAGAGCCACUAUGACACCAGGGGUGGAGCCGGGGUGCCACGGACACUGCAGCAGCUACGGACACCUGUGUCGCAAUGGAGGGAGAUGUACGGAGAAGCACAGGGGGAUGGCGUGUGACUGCACCCUCUCUGCCUAUGACGGGCCCUUCUGCGAGGAUGAGAUUUCUGCAUAUUUUGGAAUUGGCUCCUCAGUUAUCUACAAUUUUCAAGAACAUUACAAUCACACGUCCAGUAAGAACUCUAGUUCCCUUGUGGCCUUAUUUCGUGAGGACCUGACGCUGACUGGAGAAAUGACCACGCUGAGCUUCCGGACCACAGGGACCCCCAGCUUAUUGCUCUGUGUGAGCUCCUUCUCUGAGGAGUACCUGUCUGUUAUCCUCACCCCAAAUGGAAGUUUGCAGAUCAGAUAUAAGCUAGACAGACACCACGAGCCUGAUGUUUUUAACUUUGGUUUUCAAAACCUGGCUGAUGGGCAGCUUCACCAGGUGAAGAUUAACAGAGAAGCAGCAGUGGUCUCUGUAGAGGUUAACCAGAGUGAAAGGAGACAACUCAUCCUGUCAUCAGGGACAGAAUUCAAUGCUGUCAAAUCCCUUAUGUUGGGGAUGAUUUUAGGGCCCCUGGGCGCCGACGCCGCCACGCUGCGGGCCGGCGCGCGCGGCUUCACCGGCUGCCUCUCGGCCGUGCGCUUCGGGCCCGCUGCCCCGCUCAAGGCCGCGAUGAGCCCCGGCCGCCCCGGCUCGGCCACCGUCCGCGGACCCGUGGCCGCCGCGCCCGGCUGCGCCCAGAGCGCGGAGCCCCGAGCGCCGGCGCGGGAGGCCACCUGGCGGCCGGCGGGAGGCGCAGGUCGGUCAGGACCACGAGAUGGGGGCGAGCCCUCAGUUAAUGCGGACAGAAGGGACCCUGCGGUCAUCGGAGGUGUGAUAACAGUGGUGAUAUUCAUCUUGCUCUGCGUCACUGCCAUAGCUGUUCGCAUUUAUCGACAGAGAUGGUUAUACCAGAAAAACGAGUCAAAUAGUCCAAAACAUGGCACCAGAGCCGAGUCUGCUCUGAAAAGUGAGCUCAAUAUGCAGAGCACAGGCAGUGAAAGCCAGAAAGAGUAUUUCUUCUGAUCAGCAGAAUGGGUUUACUUACAUAAGAUGAUGUGAUUUCUUGCUAAGGGAUCAAAUCCCCCCUUGUAGUGCACAAGCCAACGGCUUGCUCACGCCCUGUCCUGGUAGGCUCUGCUUACGAUCGUCGUGGUCUGUUUAUGUAACGGUGACUUAGACAUGCUCAUUACUCGCUGUUGGGCUGUGUCCGACUGUUCUGACCUAAUCUUCGAAAACUGAAAUGUAUUUUACAUGAUGACUUUGGGUUUUAAGUGAGAACAGGAUUUGAGCUGUGGCCCUACUCUCUUAUUAAUACAGCACAGAAGUUUAUAAAAGUUAAAAGUUGGAUUCUGAUGUUUUCUGUGGCUGGAAACCUUUGUUAGGCUUCCUUAUCAGACAUUGAAACCUGGAAGUGUGUCUCAGGAUGGUCUUCAUGGGGCUUUUCAUCUUCCAGUGAACCGGAGCCGAGUGGCCAGUGAUGGAUUAGAAGACUGAAAAAAAAAAACAUUUUUUUGCCUGAUUGUUUUAUUAUUUGUCUCUUUUCAGUCAGUUUGGAUACAUUUCAGUGAUGAAAUGAGUACUGAAUGUCAGCUGUGAAAUUCUAGUAUUGGGCUCAGGUAUGCAACAGGAAACUCAGAGUCAGCAAAAUGUGUGAAGUAUUUCCAUCUGUGAUGAUCUUAUUUUUCUUUUAAUUGGUCAUUAGAGUCCUUGUAAAUUAUAGCAAUCACCUAAUGAUCUCACAGAACUGUGUAUUUUCUAAUGAAAUGUUUGCCCAGAUAUAAACUCUGUACUUAACAAACAGUGCAAAUGUACCCUUCAUCCAUUUCAUCUGAACUAAAUGUAAUCCUAAAUUUAUUUUCUUUCAGUGUGGGGUGAUUAGGCCACUUGGUUGGGUAGAAGCAAGUCUCAGGUCCUGUGCAGGCUCACGAGAGGGGGUUACAUAAGGACUUGAGUCAGCAGGCUGAGAUCAUGGGGGCCGUGUUAAAGUCCAGCUAACACAGGACCAUAUCUCUAUUAAUGUUUCUUUAAAGGAAUAACAAAGGAUUUUCAGGAUCUCAGUAUAGUAAUAUAUGAAUGACCCACCUUAGUGAAGGAUAUACAUUUUUUCCCCAAAAGGUGUAUGUAGAUUGGGAAAGCUUCAACACAAAAAUGAUAGGCUUUAUUUAAUACAUAGCUGAGCAUCAACAUCAUGAAUUCACUGCAAAUUUAACAAGUGAUCAUCUUAUGUUACAAAAGAAUUAAUCACUUUGGUAGCUGGUAUUUAACAGAUUUACAGAUAGUGAAAUCCACUGCAUUCUGCUCUCUUUUCUAAAGAGAAAACGAAGUAUUUGUAACAAAUUGCAAUGAUGUGUUACCUUCUUUCCCUUACUGAUUUUUAAACUUUACCUACUUAUUUGUUUAAAAUAAUACAUUUGAA